GUAUUUGGUAUUCACAACAUUUUAGCGCGUCCGCAUAACUGUGUUAAAAAAGUGCAAGCAAAAAUGUCAUUUAAAAUAAUCCAAGAACAUAAAAAAAAAGAUUUUAUCAUAAUUCCAACAAAUUUCGAAAAGAAUGGAGUUUUUUGGUAUCCACCAGCACUCUGGAGUACAAAACGACGAAAUGGAGUUUUAAAAAAUAAAGAUUUUCUACCAAACAAAGCAACUUGGGAAGCAAGGCAAUGUAUUGUUAAGAAACGUAAAAUACUAACUUACGAAAUGGCCGAAGAACAGGAAGAACUUUUAAUCGAAGCUAGAUCGAAACAUGGCGAUGUUAUUGACUUGAAAUCGGAUUGGAGUAGUGAUGAAGAUGAUUCUGCUGAUGUAUUAUUUCAAUCCAUUCCAUUACCAAUGCCAAAAAUAAGACCAGAAGUUGUUAGCGAGGCAGAUAAUGCACUUUGGAAUUGCUUCAAUACAACUUCUUCGUCUUCGAAUUUUCGAAGCAAGGUUCAAAACUUGCAGAAUCGUGCAACAAUUGCCUCCCCAACAGUUGAUAUACCGAUACCAGCAGCAGCAGGAGCAGCAGGAGCAUCAGGAGCAGCAGGAGCAGCAGCAGGAGCAGCAGCAGCAGCAGCAGCAGCAGCAACUCAAUCUAAAACGGAACCUAAAAAUUCUGAAGGAGAAUCUGACAAUGUUGGUGGCAGUUUGCCAAAAGAAUCGACAGAAAUGCUUUUAAAUUCCAUUAAAAAGUGUAUACAGGAUCAGCAAAAGGAUACUCAACAAAAAUUCGCUGAUAUGAGAAAUUAUAUUAGUACCAUAUUUUCACAGAUAUCUCACGAUCUUGACACUCUGGCACAGAUUCAAUAUACGAAUUCUUUAUCCGGAGUUUAUCCGGAUAAUUAUCCGAGAGUAUUUUGCUAUGAAAAUUAUCACAAAGUUGGAACUCUCAGAGAAGCUAAUAUAUUGGAGAAAACGCUGAUGGUUUAUGAAUUUAGAACUGAUAUGAUUGACAAAUUUAACAAAAUGAUUGGUGGAUUUAAUGGACGGCGAAUUGGCGAUGGUGUAAACUGUUGCUAUGAUUUGGCUGAAUUAAUUUUUCAGAGGAAAUUUUUAAAAAUUUGCUCAUGGGAUGGUGUUUCACCAUGUCCAAUGCAUGAUUCAAAAAUUGCAUUUUUCAAAUUUAGGAAUAUUAUUUGUCUCUUCGCCCACGUUGUAAUUAAAUCUGAUCCAUUGUUUAAGUAUGAGGAUACACAAAAAUUUUUCAAAGAAAUUUUAUGGAAUUCGAAGUUUUUGAAUCAACCUGUUCGACAAAAUAUUUUUGUUCCUCUUCCUAUUCCUCUUCCUAUUCCUGUUCCUGUUCAAAAUGUUCCAAAUCAACCACGUGCACCUGUCAAACGUAAGCAGCAACCAGAGGCAACAACUGAAAGAGUAGUUAGAAUAAAAGAAGAGGAAACAACUGAAAGAGUAGUUAGAAUAAAAGAAGAGGAAACAACUGAAAGAGUAGUUAGACCAAAAAACACGUACUCCGGCCCAGCUGCUAAUCGAAGAGUGGAUUUAUCUAACGAUGAUACUGUGGAUGUUCUUGAUCUUGUUGGAUCUAAAGUUGCAGUUGAAAUUGAUUAAAGUAAUGCACAAAAAGACAACUUGAAAAAAAAAAAGAAAAACAAACUUACAUAAAUACUUAUAUUACUCAACUAUUUUUAUGUCGUAUAAUGUAAAAGUUCACUAACUUGUUGUUUAUGAACACAAUUCAGAGUAUAACUCUUAUAAAUGUUUAUGUGAUUGUAUACGUGAUCUAUAUUGUAUGUCUUUAUUCUAUGAAAUGUUUAAAAAACAUAUUGAAAUAAAGUUAUUUUUAAAUGUACUUUU